UCUUUUUUCGUGAAAUUUCUAGUGAUAUUAAACUAUGUUGAUGUUUGAUUUAAAGUUAGUAUUUAUCGACAACAAUAUGCAAAAAAUAAGUAACUAAUAUAAAAUUCACUGGUGAAUAUUUCUUAAACAAUAUUAACAAAUUAUAUUCGAAAUCUAUAUGACAGUAAUUUUAUGACAGAAGCUGUCAAGUUUAUCGUUUGAAAUAUCGACAAAACAAUUCUUAUUAUAAGGAAACCAGAAAUGGCAACCAAACCAAGUAGUGGCCCAACAAGGAAAAAAUCCGGUCCAAAAUUCGAACUAACAACAGAUCAAAAGAACGACAUUAAAGAAGCGUUCGACCUAUUCGAUACCGAACAUUGCGGGAAAAUAGACACCAAAGACCUGAAAGUGGCCAUCCGCGCCUUAGGAUUCGAACCGAAGAAAGAGGAAAUUAAAAAAAUGAUCGCCGACAUGGACAAAAAUGCGACUGGCAAACUGACAUUCGACGACUUUCUCCAACUGAUGUCCACGAAAAUGGCCGAGAAGGAUUCGAAAGAGGAAAUACUGAAAGCGUUCAGGUUGUUCGAUGAGGAGGACAAGGGCAAAAUCACUUUUCGAGAUCUGAAAAGAGUGUCACAGGAAUUGGGCGAGAACUUAACCAACCAGGAGCUCCAGGAAAUGAUUGAUGAAGCUGACAGAGAUGGUGAUGGUGAAAUUGAUCAGGAAGAGUUUUUAAGAAUCAUGAAAAAGACUAGUUUAUAUUAAUUUAAAAACAUAUCCAAUUUUAGGUGUGGUUUUUUGUAUUUGUCUGCACAGUAAGAUAUUUAUAUUUUUUUAUACAAAUCAACAGGAAUUGUGUUAGAACAUACUACAAUUCAAUGUAUAUAUUAUCACAUUCGUAUUAUAUUCUAGUCAUUUAAUGUUAAA